UCGCGUAUAGAAUUGUUCGAAUUUAACAUGACUAUCACUUCGAAUCUAACCACACAAGAACAGAAGAAUAUCGAAGAUCCAGUCGAGGAGAUGUUAAAGAAAACUGGAUGUAUGGAAUUGCAUUAUCAAGUUCAAGAAUGUAUUGCAGAGACGCAAGACUGGAGAAAGUGCCAAGAACAAGUACAAAAGUUUAAAGUAUGCAUGAAUGAAUAUCAGAGAAAUCGAGAACAGUCGUAUUCUUAAUUAAUCUCAUAAGCAUGAGGACAAUAAUAAAUU